GGUUAUGUAGUUCUUUGAUAUGAAGGGGUAAAGAGAUUCCAGGGCUAGGCCUGCAGAAGUCGAUUCGUCGGCCAGAUGAGGUUGAGCGCCAAUUAGCGCGCAGUGACAGAGGACUGUUAGAGCAGUUCGUCAGCAGCUGCAAAGGCGGGCGCUUAGCUGCUGCUGUGGCUAGCUAUAACAGGCACGACGUGGUCGCUGCUCAGCCGCUACUGAACGGUCGAUUGGUUGCAGAGCGUAUACGAAGCGGGUAACCUUGGCGCAUGCCACGAAUUAGGUUCAGAGCUAGUUCACUGAACUCGCGGCUGAAUUCGGUUUUGUGGCUGAGCCGCGCCAGUCGCGGCGAUGGGCACGGUAACUACGCGAUGCCGCGAGCGCGGCGUCCCGAACCCUGACGACGACGCCGUCGCUGGAGGCCAGCAGGCUGCCUUUGGCGUCAGCCCCUGCUCGACAUCUGGAAGGGAUCGAACAAAUAAUCAUAACGACGCAGCCAGGGCCCACACCUCGGAACUGCAGCAAGCACUCGGCGCCGGUAGUAUCAGGGCAGCGCUCACCACGGAUUCGCUCCCGUCGUGCCGUGGGCAGGCGGGCAUGCCCACAGCUGACCGCGAGCACGCUAGCGGCGGGAUCGCUGUUGGGGCCAUGAGCUGCAACAACUACCGGAGAUCUCACGUUGUGGCUCCUUGCCCUGCUGUGGGCGCCUCCACCUCCGCCUCAUGCGGGAGCUCCGAAUGCCCGCAGCGGCGACAGCAGCAGCAGGAGCAGCGGCAGCAGGGGCCGCGGUGCAAGCGGGUACGGGGUGCCGCUGCUGACGGCGGCAGUCGCAGCGGUUACAGCCAUCAGGCACAGGCGAAACGUCCGCGGCGCAUGGGCUGGGCGGCGCUGCUGACGCUGCUGGCGCUCUCCCUCAUGUCCUGUCUAGGGCUGGCGGCAGGGCAACAGGCCUCGCCCUCGCCCUCGCCGGCACCGGCACCGACGGCUACAGCGCCCCGCCCUCCCUCGCCGGCGCCGGUCGCACCCCGGCCGCCGCUGCCGCGGCCACCCAUUGGAGGCGCCAGCAAUGCAACGGCCGUGCCGCGGCCGCCACCGCUGCUGGCGACGCCGCCACCCUCUCCUUUAACAGUAGCAACACCCGGGCCCGUACCGGCGCCUAUGCCUGGAGACAGCACUGACAGCGCGGACGCGCCAACGGCAGCGCUGAUAGGCGGCGGCAACCCGUCACCACGGCCGCCGCGGCCGCCGCCAAAGCCGCCGUCACCUCCUAAGAAGAAGAAGAAGAAGGUCAAAGUCAAGAAGCGGCCGCCGCCUCCUGGGCCGCCGCUCCCGCCGCUCCCGCCGCGGCCGCAGACGCCUCCGCCGCCGCCGCCAGCGCAGUCACCUAUGUCGCCGUCGCCACCGCGGCCGCCACCGUCUCCGCCUCCACCGCGGCCGCCGCCGCCAGUGGUGACUCCUGCGUCGCGGCCUGCUGAUAGUUCACCGCCGCUACCUCCACGGCCACCGCCGCCGCCGCCAUCGCCUUCCCCACCGUCGCCAUCGCCUCCCUCGCCCUCACCUCCCUCGCCCUCACCUCCCUCGCCUUCACCUCCCUCGCCCCGACCUCCCUCGCCCCGACCUCCCUCGCCCUCACCUCCCUCGCCUUCACCUCCCUCGCCCCGACCUCCCUCGCCCCGACCACCCUCGCCGCCGCCUCCCUCGCCCCCGCCUCCCUCGCCCCCGCCUCCCUCGCCCCCGCCUCCCUCGCCCCCGCCUCCUUCGCCCCCGCCUCCAUCCCCCUCCCCGCCCACUCCCUCGCCUCCCCCGCCACCCAGCACGGUUUUGACUUCUCCCUCUCCGCCGCCCUCACCGCCGCCUCCUCGGCCUCCUUCGCCGCCGCCGCCGCGGCCGCCGCCGCCCCGCCCGCCGCUACCCGGCACCGGCGGCCCCAAGCCCUCUGGUGACGCCUUCCCGCCCACGCCGCCGGAUGCCCCUCUGUUCCCGCCCCUGUCGCCCUCGCCGCCCGCCCUCAUGCGGCCGCCGUCGCCGCCGCUGGCUGACCCCACAGUCAUUGGCAGGUAUGAGCAGGUGGGUCGCGGCAUGAUCGUGGCGGUUCACAUGGCGGCCAUCCCCGGCACCGACAGGUACCUGUUCAUGGAGAGGCCCAGCGGCUACCACCCUGACGGCUCUCACAACAUUGCCGGCUUCUUCGACCUGGCCGCUCGCUCCUACACACACAUCUACUCGCCGGAUGGGCUGUUCUGCUGCGGACACACCAUGCUGGACACAGGGGACGUCCUCAUCGUGGGAGGGCACCAGGCCAAUGCCGGUUACCCAGACGGCAUGAAGUCUGUGCGCACAUUCAACAAGUCGUGCACCGACCUCAACCUGCGCAAGGUCAACGAGAUGCGGUGGCGGCGCUGGUACCCCACACCCACGCUGCUGCCGAGCGGCAAGGUCAUGAUCAUGGGAGGGACGCAGGGCGUGGGCGCCGGCACCGCCAACAACCCCUUUUGGGAGCUGUACGACCCGCCCACAAACAACGUGACCCAGUUCGGAAUGUACCCCUACUACCUGGACAAAAGCGAGCAGAUCUACUACCCGUUCAACUACGUGCUGCCGAGCGGCUACAUGUUCACCUUUUGCGGCCGGUCAGGCUACAUUUUGGACUACACCACCAACAAAUGGAGACAGGACGUGCCCCGCCUGCGCGGCUACGCCACCACCCAGUUCCCCUACACCGGCACCAGCGUAAUGCUGGGCCUGUACCCGGAGAACGGAUACGAGGUGGAUGUGGUAUUGUUCGGUGGUCAGAAGGAGGCGGCCAACAAGGACCUCAGCCUCAUCGCCAACCGCGGCGUCAACCGAAUCAAACUGACGUACGAUGCGCCCAACCAAAACUACACUUUUACGGAGGGCUGGGCGUACGAGAACAUGGUCAUGGGCCGCGUCAUGCCCGACUCGGUGCUGCUGCCCAACGGCAAGGUGGUCAUCCUGAACGGCGCAAACACCGGCCUGGCGGGCGACAGCGCCAGUGGCGGCGACUCGCGCGCCAACUACCCCGUUCUGUUCGCGGAGCUGUACGACCCAGACAAGCCGCUGGGCGACCGCAUCAGGCGGCUAGCACCCACCAAGAUCGCGCGCAUGUACCACUCCACGGCCUGCCUGACCACCAACGGCACUAUCAUUGUGGCGGGGUGCGACCGCUGCUACCGCUUCACCGUCACGCCGGGUGUCGACUUCGAGCCGUCGCCCACCAGCAAGGCCGAGUACCGGGUGGAGAUCAUGAGCCCGCCGUUCUUCUACUUCGACUCCCUCAAGCCCACCAUCACCUCGCUGCAGUCCGACGUGGUGCCCUACGCGCAGCCCUUCACGCUCACCUACUCCUUCCCCACGCCCGGCCAGCGCCUCAGUCGCGUGGUCCUGGUGGCGCCCUGCUCCUGCACCCACUCCUUCAACACACACCAGCGCCUUAUCGGGCUAGAGAUCAUGGGCAAGAGCGAUGCCGACGGCGUGGUGAUUGUGCGCGGCCCGCCCAACAUCAAUGUCGCGCCGCCGGGAAUGUACAUGAUCUUUUUGCUCAACGGAGAUGUGUACGGCGCAGCCAAGUGGGUGACGCUGGUUCGGCCCAACCCCGGGGAGCCAGGGUUCGUGGGCGUGGGCAUUCCCUACCCGGAUCCCGUGCCGGCGCAGCCCAUCUAAGGAGAUCCGUAUUUGAAGCCCUUAGUUCCAAUUCUCUAGAAUGUUUUUUUAGCAGAUGUGAAGGAAAAGAGCUUAGCAAGUUGUGGCGAGCAUGCAACAAGCCUGAGGGGUAGGCAGGCCCUAGCAAGCGUAUAGCCGUGUACAUGGGAGGGUGGCCGGGAGCAGCGUGCGCCGUGACGGAUGGUCAGUUUUUCUGGGUUGGCUUACUCAUGCACCGCAUUUAUGCGCGAGCGUACUUGCGCGCUGGCUCAUUUGCUCAAGAAGGUGUGCAUAUGUAGCGCACGUGGCGGACGACAACUGGGAGAACGAUCCGAUGGAUACAACAGAGGGCGUUUUGACGUCAUUGUUUGGUGAGCUAGAAUGUUAGGGGAUUUAUGCUGGCGAGGGUGAUUCUUAUACACGCCUGUGUGUGGGUCUGACGCAUGAUUUGACCUAAUCUGCAGUAGGCAGAUGCAGCACAUGCUGCUGGCGGCUCCUAUUGGAGCAUUGCGGUGACUGCGGAUAACUUUGACCACUGUUAAUGGCUGCAGGACAUUGGCGCAUAGCAGACCGCAGGUGCAGGCAUUGUGGAUAAGGGGAACCCCUCUUGUGUACGGUAGAGGGCGGCAUUGGUAUUGGCGGGCCGUCACGCGAUCCUGCUUUCAAGGGCAGGGAUGUUGUAAGUUGGUUAGCAUUUGGGGCCUGGCUACCCGCGGGAGACGAUGCUACUAGUGGAAUGGUGCCUGUUGUAGUGUGGGCUGUUUGCCUAGGGAAGGGAGAAUGGGGGAAGAUCUUCAGUGGUCGGGCUUGGCUGUCGGGCGUAGCUUUGCACACUGGUAGUCUUAUUCAAGGGUGCUGUCAUGAUCGGCGUCGUUGUUGAUUGGCGGCGGGGGUGCGGACCUUAUCCUCGACUCUUCUUCUCUGCCUUCGCACACUACCGUACGGUGCAUGGUACUUUGUGUCCUUGUGACUACGGUAUUGCGGCCCGUCGUCGUCUGUGAAUGUGACUCUUCAAGAAGCGACAGGCAUUGUGCGCGCUGAAAGCGCGUGUCAAGUGUGUCAGUGUGCAUUCUGUGUGCCACACUGCCCAUGGUCGCGGGUUUUGCGUCAAAGGGGGCGUCGUACAUUCAGUUGCUUGUGGUUACCAUGCAAUAUGCAUCCGGAACGUGUGGCUUGCAGGAGGCUGCGAUGGGUUGCACGAAUGUACGUUAGUCCAUUUUCACUUGUUAAACUGUCAUGGACG